CUGGCCUCCAGGUAUCCUGUUCAAAGCUAACUAGCUUCCUACUCUAACCGGAGCAUAGGACAGUCUAGAAUCACCAGAUAAGGGGUGUGGUGCGAUGACGAGCAAACCAGGCAAGAGAUUUAGGAGGAUCUUGGAUCCAGGAAGGAACUGGGGAAGCGAUUUCUGGACUCCCCAAAAAUCCCGGUCUCCAGCUCAGAGCCAGCUGCUAGGAGGAGGCCCUAAAAGAUGGCUUCUCGGGCAGUGGCUAGCUGCUGAGAGUCACUCUUCCCAGCAGGAAACUACGAUGGUCUUAACGCAGGAAGAGAGAACCCAACACUGCGCCUAGCUGAACACAACGCGUUUGGGGAAGAGAACUCGCUCUCGCACUCUGAAAAGCUGGAAGCAGAUGGGCACGCCCCCAAGCCCUUUCCCAGAUCUUAUUGGUUGCCUUCAGCCAGCCCCUCUCUCAGUACGUCUCUGCUAUUGGUCAGUAUUGCCAAGCUUCGGCGGUCACAGACAAUAUCCGGAACCAAUCGUCUCCAAUCCCCACCCGGUCUCUCCGCAACCUGUGAGUGACAUACACGCAAACCAAUGAGAAAUAAAAGUGAGGAUGCGAAAACGGGACUCCUUCCCUUUUUUCCUCAGCUCGUUCAGCAAAUGGUAGAAAAGGCUGAGCAGCUGAUACCAACCACCAAUCCGUAAGGGCGGAAGAGGGAUGAAGAGAAGAGUGAUGGGAGGGGGUGACGUGGCAGUGACGGGGGCAUACCCUGAAAUGAGUGGCGGAAACAGCGACCAAUCGGGAGCCGAAUUGGCCGGGCACUCUGCAUUCUCGUGUCCUCCCUGAGCGCCGGAGCCUGCGGGAAAGCACCAAUGAGCUUGUACAUGAGUCUGAUUGGCCUUCAUCUGAACCAAUCAGCGGCGUUUGUGGAAGACGCGUCCCACCCCGGGCUCUCACUGGGCGGUGUGGGAUGACAGGCCCGAGAGAAAUGCCAAUGUCCUAGGGGUCCUCCGCAAGUGACGCUCAGCGGCACCAAUCGACUGCCUCUUUCCCGGCGACCGAGCCCUCCUCCCGCGGCGGGCCUGGCGGGGCGGGGACGCUGCGCGGCCGCGGCUGAUGCGCUAGCCGUGUGGGGCGCUCCGGGCGGCGACGGCGGCUCUCGUAGGCGGUUCCGGUCCUGUAUCUCGGGGCGGCGGCGGCUCAUGGCGGCGACGGAGCUGAGAGGGAUGGUGGGGCCGGGGCCGGCGGCCAUUGCAGCUCCGGGCGGCGGCGGCACCGGUCCUCCUGUGGUGGGAGGCGGCGGCGGCGGCCGCGGAGACUCGGGGCCGGGCUCCGGGGCCGCGCUGGGCACCGUGGCCGCGGCGGCGGCGGGCGGCCCGGGCCCCGGCGCCGGGGGAGUGGCGACUGCGGGCCCGGCCCCUGCGCCGCCGGCGGCGGGGGGCUCCGGCGGCUCGGGCGCCGGGGGUUCGGGCUCGGCUCGAGAGGGCUGGCUCUUCAAAUGGACCAAUUAUAUCAAAGGCUAUCAGCGGCGGUGGUUCGUGCUGAGCAACGGGCUCCUGAGCUACUACAGGUCGAAGGCCGAAAUGAGACACACCUGCCGUGGUACCAUCAACCUCGCCACGGCCAACAUCACCGUGGAGGACUCCUGUAACUUCAUCAUUUCCAACGGGGGUGCUCAGACCUACCAUCUGAAGGCCAGCUCAGAAGUGGAGCGGCAGCGCUGGGUCACGGCCCUGGAGCUGGCCAAGGCGAAGGCCGUGAAGAUGCUGGCAGAGUCAGAUGAGUCGGGAGAUGAAGAGUCUGUGUCACAAACCGACAAGACUGAGCUGCAGAACACCCUCCGGACGCUGUCCAGCAAGGUGGAGGACCUGAGCACCUGCAACGACCUGAUCGCCAAGCACGGCACAGCGCUGCAGCGCUCCCUCAGCGAGCUGGAGUCCCUGCGGCUGCCCGCCGAGAGCAACGAGAAGAUCAAGCAGGUCAACGAACGGGCCACGCUCUUCAGGAUAACGUCCAACGCCAUGAUCAAUGCCUGCAGAGACUUCCUCAUGUUAGCCCAGACCCACAGUAAAAAAUGGCAGAAGUCCCUCCAGUAUGAAAGAGACCAGCGUAUCCGGCUGGAGGAGACCCUGGAGCAGCUGGCGAAGCAGCAUAAUCACCUGGAGAGGGCCUUCCGGGGCGCCACCGUGCUGCCAGCCAACACUCCGGGCAGCGCUGGUUCCGGGAAAGAUCAGUGCUGCUCUGGCAAAGGAGACAUGAGCGAUGAGGAUGACGAGAAUGAGUUUUUCGAUGCCCCUGAGAUCAUCACCAUGCCUGAAAAUCUGGGCCACAAACGUACUGGCAGCAACAUCAGUGGAGCCAGCAGUGACAUCAGCCUGGAUGAACAGUACAAGCAUCAGCUGGAAGAGACCAAGAAGGAAAAGAGAACUAGAAUACCGUACAAGCCCAACUAUAGCCUCAAUUUGUGGAGCAUCAUGAAGAACUGCAUUGGAAAAGAACUCUCAAAGAUCCCCAUGCCGGUGAACUUUAACGAGCCCUUAUCCAUGCUUCAGCGCCUUACUGAAGAUCUGGAAUACCAUGAGCUGUUAGACCGAGCUGCAAAAUGCGAGAACUCUCUAGAACAGCUCUGUUAUGUUGCAGCUUUCACCGUGUCCUCCUACUCCACUACUGUCUUCCGUACCAGCAAGCCAUUCAACCCACUCCUUGGGGAGACCUUCGAGCUGGACCGAUUAGAGGAAAACGGUUACCGAUCCCUCUGUGAGCAGGUGAGUCAUCACCCCCCAGCUGCUGCGCACCACUCCGAGUCCAAAAAUGGCUGGACAUUGCGUCAGGAGAUCAAAAUCACCAGCAAGUUUCGAGGCAAAUACCUCUCCAUCAUGCCCCUCGGUAGCAUCCACUGUAUUUUCCAUGCAACUGGGCACCACUACACUUGGAAAAAAGUUACCACAACGGUGCACAACAUUAUCGUGGGCAAGUUGUGGAUAGAUCAGUCCGGUGAAAUUGACAUUGUGAAUCACAAGACAGGCGACAAGUGCAAUCUUAAAUUCGUUCCUUAUAGCUACUUCUCUCGUGAUGUGGCAAGAAAGGUGACCGGGGAAGUGACCGAUCCAUCAGGAAGAGUUCACUUUGCCCUUCUGGGGACAUGGGAUGAGAAAAUGGAUUGUUUCAAAGUGCAGCCAGUUGUUGGGGAAAAUGGGGGUGAUGCUCGACAGAGGGGCCAUGAGGCAGAGGAAAGCAGGGUCAUGCUGUGGAAAAGGAACCCCUUACCGAAGAAUGCAGAAAACAUGUACUAUUUCUCAGAGCUCGCCCUCACGCUCAAUGCCUGGGAAAGUGGCACCGCCCCCACAGACAGCCGAUUGCGGCCUGACCAGAGACUGAUGGAAAAUGGGCGCUGGGAUGAAGCCAAUGCUGAGAAGCAGCGCCUGGAGGAAAAACAAAGACUUUCCAGAAAGAAGAGAGAAGCGGAAGCUAUGAAAGCCACCGAGGAUGGCACGCCCUACGAUCCCUAUAAGGCACUGUGGUUUGAACGGAAGAAGGACCCUGUUACCAAGGAGUUAACCCAUAUUUAUAGGGGAGGAUACUGGGAAUGUAAAGAAAAACAGGACUGGACCUCAUGCCCGGACAUUUUCUGAAAUGGCAGCAACAAAAAGGAGGAGGAUCCAAAGGAGAAGAUGACAGAGGAUGUGCGGGAAAGCUGGCACUUGUGACUCUCACCAAGCGCUUUCCUCCAGUUUGUCUGUCUUAACCAAUCAUUUUUUCCAAAUCAAUCACCAGAAGCAGACCCCAGUGGUGGUGAUUGGCUGGUUGCCUUAGCUGAUUGAAACUGAAAUCGACACACUAGAUACCUGUUUGUAAGGGGGAGGUUCCGUUGCUGAAAGUUAGCGUUACUCCACUUCUGCAAAGUCAAGUACUCUUGGCUCUUCCUUCUCCCUCUGCCCCCAUUUUAAGAUGAUGUCAUUCGCCCUCCCCUGUAGAACCCUGCUCAGCCAAGGUCCACGUGAGAUGAUGAUUCAGGGGCAUUUUGGUGCUGUUCAGAGCAAGAGCUGAACAUAGCAGUUCCUUCAAAGAGGAGCGUGUAAGACUCACCAGCGGAGGCAUUGUGAAUGGCCGCAGGGGAGCAUAGACGUGGCGAUACGAAACGGGGUCACAGACGGGGUCGGUUCAGUGGGAUGUCCGCCCAGAGGUAACUGCGGUGUCGGAACGCUGGCGAGGGGGCUUGUUCUGUAAGCUUGGAGUAUUCAGAGUGACGUUCUUGGAAGUUUCUACUUCACUUGCGUAAAAUACCCUUCUGCUGUUCUCCGUCUUUGACAGCGACCGGAGGCCACUUUGGUGGUCGGUAGGAGGGUCGCAUUAUCCUCACAAGGGAGUUUUACGGACUUCCUCAGGCCGAGAACUUCCGAGAACACAAAGCAGGAUGGAAAAGACCGCAAGUCACUUUGUUGCCCCGUUCCUCCUCAUCCCCACCCUGCAUCGCCUUUCUUGUCCCCACCCCCAUCUCCCUCUCCCAGCGCGACACCAAUUGGGUCUGGGCCCCCGUGUGGAGCAAAGCACUACCUGCCCCUUUCUGACACACUUCAGAAUUUGAGAGAAGGACUUAAUUUGGAACAAAAGUUUUCACCAUCUCUCAAGCCCUAUGGACUGGAGCCACCUCUCGAAUAAUGUGUUAAAUACCUGUAUAUUAUAUAUAUGUAGAGAAAAAUCUAA